GGGAGGGAGAGAGAGAACUUUGGCACUCCUGACCGUGCGAGAUGUUCAUGGAGGGGCUUUUCUGACACCCUCUGGGGUUCGGUCCGCUCCUUAGCCCCAAACCGCGGUCCGUACACGGAUACAGACUCACGCCACCCCUUCAGGUGGAAAAGCAUGGAUUUCUUCCCUCUCGUUGUGCACUUGGUCUGCUGCUUGCUUUCAGGUGACGCACUCGAAAUUGCUGACUUGACUUUGGUGAAUCCAGAGGCCGUGGUGACUAGCUCAGAGUCCUCCCUGCACUGCGUCAGCAGCGACUGGAAGACUUUGGACACGCUCAGCGUGGGACAGGACUUCCCUGUACCUCAGCAAAACCUGCAGGUCACUCAGGACAAGGACUAUCGAGUUGCUUCGAAGGUUACCUGGAAAACACGGAACGUUGACGUCUUUGGAGUUUUCUACUGUAGAAUCAGAAAUUCUGACUCCAUGGGUAAAGUGUAUACCUUAAGGAUGCUAAAUGAAGCUGCAUUCCAUCCAGACUCUUUAACUUUCACGGCCAGUCUUGGGGAAAGCAUCAAUGUUUCCUUCACUCGCAAGAAGAUUGUUGCAGAGGAUGCAUACAUUUUUAGAAAUGGUUCCUUCAUUCACUCCGUGCACAGAAACGAAAUUGGCGACACCCUGCAGUACCCCAUAAGCAGUGUUGCAGUUGAACAUGCAGGCUUCUUCACAGUCAGAUACAUUUCUGAGACCAUGCCUUCCUCUGCAAUCACCAGGCUGAUAGUAAGAAGCUGCCCCACUGGGUAUUGGGGUGCUCAGUGUUCACAGACCUGUCCCAAGUGUCUCAAUGGGGGCCUCUGUCACGACAAGACUGGAGAAUGUGUCUGUCCCCCCGGAUUCAAAGGGCAGGCCUGCGAAAUUGUGUGCGGGAAGGGCAGGUUUGGCCGAAUGUGUAAAGACAGGUGUAGAGACGGCUACUGUUGGUCAAUGGUCUUCUGCCUUCAAGAUCCCUAUGGCUGCUCCUGUGCUACAGGCUGGUGGGGUUUGAACUGCAGCGAAGCCUGCCCCCCUGGUUUCUAUGGUGCAGGCUGUAAGCUGCGGUGUGAGUGUGGGGGCCGAGGCAAGUGUGACCGGUUCCGUGGGUGUGUGUGCGCGGGACGGCACGGCUCUCGCUGCGAGAACGAAGAUCAAGCACCUUCUGUGAUCAGCAGUCUUUUGGAUACAGAGCUGAAUGCUGGGGUCGUCUACAUGCUCAACUGCACUGCCCAGGGCUAUCCAGCACCACUACAUGGAGAGAUAGAGCUGAUCAAACCAGAUAAAACAAGAAUAUAUGCGACAGAUACGGACACCGUGAACAACCAAACCACUUCCCAGUUCAAGGUGGACAAAAUAACGGUGCACGAUGCUGGCCGAUGGCUCUGCCAAGUGAAAACAACAGCCGGACAGGCGGAAAAAGAUUUUAUCGUCACUGUCAAAGUGCCCCCGAAGCCCCAGUACCCUCCUGUGUUGAAUGGAAGUGGACCGUAUCACCUGAUCAUCUCAGUCAACAAAGAGUCAUAUAGCGGGGAUGGUCCGGUUAACUCUGUGAAGGUUGUUUAUAAGCAGGUCAACUCUACUUCGUGGGAGACCACUGAAGUGACUGGGCCGCUGGUAAAGCUGGAGAACCUGACCCCGUGUACUCAGUACAUCACCUUCGUUCAGCUGAGUCGCCGUGGGUUUGGAGGGACCGGGUUCCCUGGGCCUGAGGCCAUCUUCUCAACCUCUGUAUUCGAUCUUCCACUCCUCACCAGGGUCAGCCUGGUUCCACUGAACCAGACCUCCCUCAGUCUCUCUUGGGACCCGGUGAAGGGGGUCACUAAGGAGUCCUGGUCGUACCUGGUGGAGUGUGUUCAGGCCUUGGCGCCAGAAAACCUUAAGAAGUACCAUCUGCCAAAGAACUCCACGGGCCUGAGUCUGACGGGCCUGAAGCCCAGGCAGAAGUACGAGUGCGAAGUCCAUGUGAUGAGCAGUUCAGGGAGCCUGUACUGCCAGCCGGUGUCCACCUGGACCCUUAGCAACGAGCGACCGCCAGCACCGUUUGGCGUCAUGAGUUGCAACAUCAGCGACUCCUCCGCCGUCAUCACUUGGUCCCUGGAGGAGGGGCACUCGAUCUCCAGAGUCAUCGUCCGCUUCCAGGACGCCGAGCGGGCCGACUACAGCCAGCAGGCGGAGAUCAACGUGCACGACCAGCAGCACAUGCAGUUCCAGAUCCGGGGCCUCAGGCCCAACACGCCUUACAGGGUGGAGAUCUGGGCCGAGAACAACAUCGGGAAGAGCCUCGACAUCCGGACCAUCCGUAUCGAGACGCUGUCACCUCAAGAGGGCUCUCGGUUCUAUGGGUUUGGCAGUGAGGGAAACAUGCUGUUCUUUGCCAUCCUGGGCUCGGCUGGAAUGACCUGCAUCACCAUCUUGCUGGCCUUCUGCAUUGUGCUACAGCUGAAGAGGGCCACGUUUCAGCGCAGAAUGGUCCAGGCCUUCCAGAACAUUGUGAGGGAGGAGCCUGUGGUACAGUUCAGCUCGGGGUCCCUCAGCAUGCCAAAGAAAUCCAAGAACCCCGCCCAGCCGGUGGCCUACCCAGCGCUGGAGUGGAAUGACAUCAAGUUCCAGGAUGUCAUUGGCGAGGGCAACUUUGGUCAGGUUCUGAAGGCACGGAUUAAGAAGGAUGGCCUUAGGAUGGAUGCCGCGAUCAAGCGGAUGAAAGAGUACGCCUCUAAAGAUGACCAUAGGGAUUUUGCUGGGGAACUGGAGGUGCUCUGCAAACUUGGCCAUCACCCCAACAUCAUCAAUCUGCUGGGUGCCUGUGAACACAGAGGAUAUCUGUACCUGGCGAUCGAGUACGCCCCCCACGGCAACCUCCUGGACUUCUUACGGAAGAGCCGAGUCUUGGAGACGGACCCCGCCUUCGCCAUCGCCAACAGCACCGCCUCCACCCUCUCCUCCCAGCAGCUGCUGCAUUUCGCCGCUGACGUGGCGCGGGGCAUGGACUACCUCAGCCAGAAGCAGUUUAUCCACAGGGACCUCGCUGCCAGAAACAUCCUGGUUGGGGAAAAUUUUGUGGCCAAGAUAGCAGACUUUGGACUCUCUAGAGGGCAGGAGGUUUAUGUGAAGAAGACAAUGGGAAGACUGCCAGUACGAUGGAUGGCUAUCGAGUCGCUGAAUUACAGCGUUUACACCACAAACAGCGAUGUAUGGUCCUAUGGCGUGCUCCUCUGGGAGGUGGUAAGCUUAGGUGGUACACCAUACUGCGGGAUGACUUGUGCCGAACUGUACGAGAAACUUCCCCAAGGAUACAGACUGGAGAAACCCCUGAACUGCGACGAUGAGGUAUAUGACCUCAUGAGACAGUGCUGGAGAGAGAAGCCAUAUGAGAGGCCCUCGUUCGCCCAGAUCCUGGUGUCACUCAACAGGAUGCUGGAGGAGAGAAAGACCUACGUGAACACCACCCUGUAUGAGAAGUUUACCUAUGCAGGCAUUGACUGCUCAGCAGAAGAAGCUGGAUGAUCAAUUUUUAUUCCUCAAGAGUAGCUUUUGUCUUCCUACGUAUCCUUCAUGUACUAUAUUACAUCAGAGUUUAAGCAAUCCUGUAACAAGGAUUCAUGGACUAGUAUUUUGCACACAUUGUGUAUUGCAUUUUAUAUAAACAUAUACUAACCCAGGGGUUAAUAAUCUAAAUAUAAUCAUUUUUAUACUCUUCAUCUAUUGUGAAUAGAAAUUGGUUUUGAUAUAAACAUUUGAUGCUGACUUUGAAAAUACAUUGUUUUAAAAAUUAUUUUCCAUCCAGCACAUUCUCCCUCUGGUAUGUUUAUAUAUCCUGUAAAUAGUCAAAUCUGAGAAGCAUUGCAAAGAUAACCUUGAUCUUGAUCUACAGGGACAAAUGAAAGGUUUAUUUUGGAAAUGGUUUUGUGUGAAUGUAACUUUCCUGUAAACGUAUAAUCUAUGCAUAGUAUCAAUGCAUGUUCAAAGCUGUUUCAUAUUUGUCUGAGAAAAGGAGAACUUGUUUUUGUUGAGCUAAAACUGAAUGACAUGAAUAAAAAACGAUAAAAUGAA